AUCCCCCUGUUCCCGCUCUCACAUAUCUAUGUAUUGCGUCAAUCUACACUGAUUCCCGGUGAAGAAUCCUUAAGAACCUCUUUACAUCUUCUGUAACUCUGCUUUUAGUCGUAGAAUUCACGUCAACAUCGUCAGUUUUAUGUUUCACCCUUGUUCUGGAUAGAUGUUUUCUUGGCUUCCGCGGUCUUUACCUCGACUCCCGCUUGGGCGAACAUGGAAGCCCCUCAACUUCUCUAAUGCGAAUUUCGGCCGUAUCUCUCCAAGUCAAACAAUUGAAGAGGAAGCCCUACCCGAUUAUAUUCCCGCACGCUACUAUCCUACUCGAAUCGGCGAAGUAAUCAAGGACCGAUAUCAAGUCAUCGGAAAAUUGGGAUAUGGAGCCACCUCAACUGUAUGGCUUGCGCGAGAUAUGAAUUGCCGCUCUUAUGUGACUCUCAAAAUAUUUAUCAAGGCUGCUUCCAUGGGGCGACAGCUGGAUGAUGAGCUCAAGAUGUAUCAACGGAUUGACAGAGCCUCAAAGCAUCCAGGUCGCAACGCGAUCAGGCCUCUGCUCGACUCUUUUCAUAUUGACGGCCCCGAAGACAAGCAUCAUUGUCUUGUUCAUCCCCCAUUAUUUGAGAGUGUCUGGGACUUCCUCCAUCGUAACCCCGUUCAGAGGUUGCCUAAACCAGUUCUAGCCUUUACGCUUCGACAGGUGUUUCUAGCGCUAGACUAUCUGCAUACAGAGUGCCAGGUUAUCCAUACUGACAUCAAGGCGAAUAACAUCAUGUUUGAACUCGCUGACAAUUCAGUCUUCAUCAAGUUUGAAGAGGACGAACUCCAAGAUCCUUCUCCAAGAAAGGAGCUAGAUGGAAGAGCAAUCUUCCUCUCCCGAGAGCUCGAAAUGAUUCCGGGAAAACUAGGCGCCCCCGUUCUAUGUGACUUUGGCUCGGCUAUGUUGGGUGAUAUAGAACAUUUAGAAGAUGUCCAGCCUGAUAUCUACCGAGCGCCAGAGGUAAUUUUGGAAGUUCCAUGGUCUUACAGUAUUGACAUUUGGAAUGUAGGGUGCAUGAUCUGGAACAUCUUCGAAGGUGGCUCUUUAUUCACAGGCCAUGAUCCUGAAUUCCAGACAUACCGGAGUAGAGCGCAUCUUGCUGAGAUGAUAAAUCUCCUUGGCCCUCCUCCACCCAGUCUUCUUGCCCGGGGCAAGCAAAGCCAAAAGUUCUUCUCCGGAUCGGGUGAAUUUCGUGAGGCAACUUUAUUACAAGAUCUUACUCCGCUCGAACAGAGGGAAACAACCCUUGAAGGCGAGGAUAAGGAGAGCUUUCUACGUAUGAUGCGAAGGAUAUUGCAGUGGGAGCCAGAGAAGCGUAGCUCUGCGAAAGAGCUUGCGGAGGACGAAUGGAUUCGCAAGCAAAUCGGUCUAUAAAUUAAUUCUCAACGCGUUUCAAACUCCUACAAAGUCCCCAGAAGGAAGGAGAUGGCGAC